CUUUUUUUUUUUUAGCUAAACAUUCAACCAUUCCUCCAAAUGAGUAGUGACCUUCUAAAUAGCAACUAACCAAUUCAACUAAGCAAUGAAAGUUCAUAAGUUGUUUUCUCAACUCUCCACUCACUCACAAAAGAUGUGUGAGUAAAAAAAAAAAAAGUGCUGAAAGAGGUGGAAAUUGAAGAACAAUGGAGUCUUUGAACAUCGUAGAUGUCGAUGCCAACCCAGAUCUCAGUUCUAGUGCUGGAGGACCAAGUGGACAACAUUUGGAUGAAGUUGAUGAGAUAGGGAGUGAUGAAGAAGAUAGCUAUCUCUCAACAUCUGACGAUGAAGCGAGUGACGCCGAACAUGGUAAAAGGAGACGGGCCACGCAUAAGGUUUACCAAGAGCUAGGAGAUGAUGAGACUCCUGACAUUAGAUUAGGAAUGAUGUUUACCAACAAGCAACAAUUUAGGGAUGCUGUGAAUAAGUGGAACCUCAAGCAGAGGCGAGAUAUUAAAUGGAUAAAAAAUGACAAUAUAAGAUUAGCUGCAAAGCACUUGGUGAGGCACAGAGGGUUUACUGCCUUGUACAUGAGGAGAACUGACAUUUAUAAUGUCAUUAGGAAAGAGUUAACUAUUGAGUUAUCUGACCAUCAACUGAAAAAGAUGAAGGAGAAGAUUAGGAAGGCAUUUGAGGGUGAUUGCAAGAUGGAAUAUGGUAAAUUAUGGGAUUAUGCUGCAGAGCUUCGAUCGAAAGACCCUACUGCCACCAUCAUUAUAUCAGCAUCAAGACCAUCUACAGAUUUAAAUCAUGUUUUCUUAAUGAUGUACAUAUGUUUUUCUGCAAUGAAGCUGGGAUUUGUAACUGGCUGCAGGCGUGUUAUUGGUCUUGAUGGUGCCUUCCUUAAAGGAGCAUUCAAAGGAGUAUUGUUGGUUGCUGUUUCUAGGGAUGCAAACAACCAGAUGUAUCCACUUGCAUGGGCAGCCGGCUUGAUACAUGCAAUUGAGGAUCUAUUUCCAGAUGCUGAGCAUAGAACAUGUGCUAGACACAAAUAUGCCAACUUUCGAAAGAAUAAUGGAGGCAAAGAAUUGAAGGUAGCAUUCUGGAGAUGUGUUAAGGCUAACACUGAACAUGACUUCAACAGGGCAUUAACUGAGUUAGGGCGUAUUAAACCGAGUGCAGUCCCUGCCAUCAUGAGCACACACCCUAGGUUUUGGUCAAAGGCUUUCUUCAAAGAAGAUAGUAAAUGCAAUGUUGUCGAUAACAACAUGUGCGAGGUUUUUAAUGGUUUAAUACUGGAAGCAAGGCACAAGGUCAUAUUCUCUAUGCUGGAAGACUUACGGGCAAUGUGUGGCCGGAGGACGGUGGCUAGGAGGGAAUAUGGUAACAGGAAAUUUGUUGGGAAUUUUGGUCCCAAAAUUUGGGCAAAAAUUGUUGCUGCCCGAGAAGGUAGCAAGAGAUGCACACUUUUAUGGCCUGGUGGUGACGGGUAUGAAGUUGAUGAUAAUGGGGAGGCAACUUAUAUUGUAAAUGUGGAGAGAAAGACAUGCACUUGCAGAGUUUGGAAUAUGACUGGAAUACCAUGUAGGCAUGCAGUUACUGUGAUCAACCAUAGACAAGAGAAUGGUGAGGAUUAUGUAGCACACUGGUACAGCAAGCACAUGUUCAUGGCAAGUUAUGAAUAUAAAGUCCCAGUCAUGAAAGGAAUUAACCAAUGGAAGGAAACUAAAAUGCCACCUAUGCCACCACCAAAUCCAAGAAAGAUGCUUGGCAAGCCAAAGAAGAAACGACAGCCAGAAGAAUGGGAGGGGAAAACAUCUGUUGGCAGAAAAGGGAGGUUGAUGACCUGUCAAAAAUGCUUCAAAUGGGGGCACAACUCAAGGUCAUGUAAAGGAGUUCCACAAAACAUUAUAAAACAAAAUGAGGAUCAAGCAACUCCCCAAGAAGAGCAGCCUCAAGGUGUUGAUGAAAACAUUGGAGCUAAUGUGGAAAACCCAAUGAGCCAAGUGAAGGAUCCUCAAAGUCAAGAAGCUCAAAAAAUGCACAACCACGGAAGAGGGCUAAAAAGGACUGUGCAACAACAACCACAGGCCCCUCCUAAUCACAAGCAGCAACUACUUCAGUCGCCAAAGAUAAAGGGAAACAGCCAAAGAAGCCACGACAACCAAAGAAGAAACCCUCAAUGGCUGCAAAUGCAUCAAAGUGAGAUUGAUGAAGAUUGAUUUUUUGGUAUUUUGUUAGGUUGAAUAUGCUGGGGUGAGCAUAUUUUGUGUGGGGUUGUCUUUUGUGUAUAACAAUUAUGGUUGGUUGGUAAAUGUAGUUAUUGGUCUAAUGUGCAGUCCAUUAUUGUAUUUUUUUCCUUAGGUUUUAUUUGCAAAAUUUGCUUAGGUUUGUAUGUAUGAAACUGCAUUCAUGCAAUUGUUGUAAACACUACAUGUUGGAAUGGUAUGCACUUUGUAUAAGUGCUUAUUUUCUCAAAUUU